GCUCAUGCGACGCGUAUACAACACGGUAACGGAAGAAUAAAUAACGAAUUCGGAACGUGUUGAUUGUGUAGUUUUAAAUGGUUAAGUGAUUAAAUGAAAGAAAAUCAAAUGGUUUCCCUCGCCCAAAAAAUACACACUUGCUUGCCGUCGUAUGUACCAAUCAAAAAGUGAAUAAAAGAAAAGAAUUAUAGAAAAAUACCACAAAAAGAAGUUCGGUUUGUGUUAAAACGUCAUUUGAUUAACUAACUUAGUUCUACGUGUAUAAAACUUUAUUGUUGCUGUCUGUCUGACAUACGUCCACGUUACAAAAAGAACAACUAAAGCAACAAUAUCAUCCUCAUCACAAUGACACGCCUUACAGAAGAAAUGGUCAUUGCUAGAUCCAAACAAUCGGAUUUGAGCUCUAUUAAAAAACUUAAUUGUUGGGGAAGUGAUCUCAGCGAUGUUUCAAUUAUAAAGCGAAUGCGUGGCGUUGAAGUGUUGGCGUUAAGUGUCAAUAAGAUAAGUACGUUGCAACCAUUUGAAGACUGCCUGAAAUUACAGGAAUUAUAUUUACGUAAAAACAAUAUACAAGAUAUAAAUGAAAUUGCUUAUUUGCAAAAUCUUCCAAAUCUUAAGUAUUUAUGGUUAGAAGAGAAUCCAUGCUGUGAUCGAGCCGGAGCCAAUUAUCGUGCAAUUGUGUUGCGUGCUUUGCCAAAUUUAAAGAAAUUGGAUAAUGUUGAAGUGACACAAGAAGAAGUUGAUGAAGCUUCGCGAGGCGGCAGUGGUGGUGGUGUGGUGGCUGUAGAAGAUGAUCCCUAUGACGAUGCCUAUGAACAGCAACAACAGCAGCAGCAGCAACAACAUCAGCAGCAGCAAUAUGAACAACAGCAGUAUCAACAGCAACAACAAAGACAACAACAGCAGCAGCCACAGCAACAACCACCACAGCCUCAACAACAACAGUAUCAAUCAUCUCAGUAUCAACAACGUCGAAGUUCAAGUCCACAAAAAGAGCCUCCGCAACAAACAAGUCCUGCCACAACAGAAGAGAGUGUAAGCGAAACAAAUAAUGCAAAUGGGUCGUCUAAAGCGUCAACGCCAUCUCAGGAACAAUUACACUCACCGUCGCCAAAAUAUAAUUCAACACCAAAAGAAAAUCGUUUAUCCUACCAUCAAUAUGAUAGAUCACCUGAUACAGAUCAGGAAAGUCCACAUAGUGGAGGUUUUAGGGUACCUAUACCACCCAGUGCUUCGACGCAUUCAAUGAAGGAAUACUAUCAGUCUGAUCGUCCUGCUUAUCCUGCCCAUUAUCGUCACAGUCAAACCGAUUUAACCGAAUGGGAUGAACAUCAUACACAACAACAACAUCACAGUAAUCAUAAUCCUUAUGGCAGCACCGCUGCCCUACAUCAUAUGGGUCAAAGGCGUAGUGCCGGUCCAGAGAGAACAGAACCUGUAGAUCGUUAUGCCUAUAGAAAUGGCAGAGAGAAUGGUGAAUGGGAAGAUGAAAGACCAAGACCAAGACGACCUGAUGGCCGUUAUGCCGAUUCUGCAAGUACUGUGUCAACAGCUGUAUUAAAUCAUUAUACUGGUUAUCAUAGGAGACCAAUAAAUAGAAGCUCCAACUUAUUGUCGGCCACUUUGUGUUUGGUCAAAGAACUUGACUAUCCCAGCCUUGAAGUAGUUGAACAUGCAGUACGCUGUCGCAUCGAUGAAUUGUCGGCUGAAUGAUGAUGAAUAAGACGCAUGCCCUCCUAUUGAUAUGGAUUAAAAGCAUGCUUAAACUUGAUAUUUUGCAAACAAAAAAACUAAUUGUACAAUAUUGCUUUGUUUUCGAAUACUUUUUCUACGAUUUUAUAUUAUAGCAUCAUACUGCAACAUUUUUUUCAGUUAAUUCAGUUUAUUGAAUUUAAUUCAAGUUAACGGAAUUUAUUUUGAAAAUUGUUUACUAUAAGAUUUUGUUUUUUAUUUUUUUAAAUAAAUAAAUUAUUAAUACCAUGAUUUUGCUAAUAAAACAAAUUAAUAACGAAAUGAAAUAAAACAAAUUAGUUAGAUGAAACUAAAUAAUAUAACAAAUAUUAAAUAAUAUGUAUUAAAAUAAAUUAAUAAUGAAAGGAAACAUGAAAAAAGACAAACAUUUGCUUUAACAAAAGAACAACUGUACUUAUUAAUUAAACUAAAUUAAUUUAUUAACGAUAAGUGGUGUAACUUUAACAAUUUUUUUUAAAACCUUAUAUUUAUAUUAAAAAAUUAGCAAUAAACUAAAUAAGAGUGAAUAUACAAAUACAGUUUAUAAGAGAUUUAAAACCCACAAAACAGUUGAAGAAAAAAAAGCUUGCCAAUUAUGAAAAUAAAAAAAAAACAAACUAACCUUCAAUCUAAAUGCUACUAAAUGUAUGUAUUUAUAGCAAAUGAUUAUUAUAAACGGAAUUUUACACAGUUAUAAUAACAAAAAAAAUUAAACAUAGAAACUAAUAAAUUGAAAUGAUCAUCAAAACAAAAAAAAAACUUCCUCAUAGAUAAUUGGAAAAGCGGGAGCUCAUGCAAUAACCAACCAACAAACGUUUGUAGAUUUGAAUAAUAAUAAUUUGAAAAAUGUUAUGUAUUUUAUUUAAUACUUAGUUAUUUUUACGUACAAAUCCUAUUAUAAAAAAUUAUUAUGUUACUUUUUUUUAUAAAUGUAAUUGUUGUGUUUAAUUUUCUUUAAAAACUAUUACAUACACAUUUUGUUUUAUAAAGAAAUGGCACAAUUUCUAUAAAAUUUAUAAUAAUUUUAUGUAAAUAUUUUAAUAAUUUCCAAUUGAUUUUAAUUUUAACUCAAAAAACAAACUCUAAACGUCCAAUAUUUGAUAAAUAAAUUCACAACUACUUACAACCGAA